AUGUCGCAGCAAUCGGGGCGUGACCAGAUUUGGGAAAGGGCUGUAUACGUGAACGUGCGAUUUGCUGCCUCUCAGCCAAUCUGCGACUGGCACGGCGUAAUAUCAGCUGCUGUGCAUGUCGCAGAGGAGACCAACUCGCAGGUUACCCAGUAG